UUAUCCGUGAUAACACGAACGUUAUUGGUGUCUUGUGUUUUUCUUUGUUUCUACUUUAAAUACGUGUUAUCGAAAUCAUAACAUGAUGUUAUAAAGUAAUCGACUAUCGUACGAUGAGUUAUGUGUAACAAUAUUCUCACGACGAAUAUUACUCGUUAGCAUCUCGUGGUUUUCAAUUAUAACCUCUAUUUUCCUGGAGAAGUCUACUUCAUCCCGAAUUCACAGUAUCACAAGUGAGGAAACAUGGAAAAAAAUAUAGGAUUCGCGAGCGGGAGCUCGCAACCUACAAUACCCCAGCCCACAGCUCCACCAUCGUAUGAAGAAGCUGUAGGAAAUAUAGCAAGCCCACCACCUCAACCAAAUAUUCCACCAUAUCCAGUAGGACCAUCUGCAAUGCCGUUUCCCUUUUCUGUGCCCACGGCGACGUUUCCGCCGAAUUAUUCAGGGCCCGGCGAGCCACCGGCACAACAACAGACGCAGCAUAAUGCAAAUCCAAACUUCCCGCGGACAACGGAAGUUCGGAUCAUACAGCAGCCUAUGACUUACGCGCUGAGCCCGAACUCUAUAAAAAUGACGUGUCCGACGUGUCGCGCCAGCAUUAAAACUUCCACGAUAUCGGACCAUCAGCCGACCGCCCACAUCUGCUGCAUUAUUCUCUGCUUACUUGGGUGUUGCCUUUGCUCGUGUCUACCGUAUUGCAUGAGCAGCUUCAUGAGCGUCAACCACUUUUGCCCGAAUUGUAAAUGUUACAUCGGUACGUGGAAGGGUUGAAUCAAUUCCGGCACUCAGGUUGUUUGUAUAUUGUUUAUGGUCUUUUAUGUAAUCAGGCACAGUGUUGUAACGUUAUUGAGAGUAUCCGAUAUUUCCUUGCUUGUCGCGUAUUAAGUUAACACUGAUGGUCGUGCGUUUUUGGAGGACAAAGGUCUACGCCCGGCGCCGUCCAUUUUCGUUGGCCAAGAUUUCCAAACUGCUCGUUGGUUAUUUAGAUAUCAUUGCUGGAUAAUAAAUUUUCCGGAAUGUCUUGCCACGUUAUCGUCACCAUUAUCCGUAUCCGUUUGUCGUUAUUUUGUUUUUCAGUCGGUAUCGCCACUCGUAUUUGAAACCGAAUCAGCGUAUAUGUGUAAUCCUCGGUAUUGUUAGAUAGUUUUGCUAGAAUGCGCUUUGGAAUUUUGUAUUUACAUGAAAUUGAGAACUGUACCUGCACAAAAUUUGGCACGGAACUCGCAAGAGUCAAAACACUUUCGAAGACUGACAAACUCGGGGCAGUCUAACUAGAAAGAUAAAUCAACGCAAUAAAUAGAACGAAUUUACAAUUUAACCCUUAGUCGAUCACGCAAUUUAUUUAUUAAGAGCGCCUUUGGGGGCAUUAAUAAAAGAAGAGUCUUUUUGGUAAAUACUCACAUCAAUAUGUUUACUGGCCAGAUGAUUAAUCAAUAUUACUUACUAGACAAUAUAAUAUUAAAAAACAGUUUGGGAUAAAAAUUUUUUAACGUGUUUCUAGAAAUUAGUAAUUGAAAACAUUAUUUACUUAGUUUAUUAAAGGCCUAAAAAUUAUUUCAUUUUUAUCCGGGUCUUCGUAUUUUAUUUCGUAGAAAAUUGCUACUUCUACGUAGGGUGACUUCUUUAUCAAAUUUAGUAUAUAAAUGUUCUCUUAAAGCGUUGAUUAUUACAUAAAACAAUUAAUAUAGACAAUAAUAUAAAAAUAUUGAAAAGAUGAAAAGAGUACUGAGAUUGAAAUUUACGAGUUAUAUAAAGUGUUAUUUAUUACACGCAACCAGCUCGAGAACAUCAUUUUUUAAUGUUCUUUACAAACAUUUCGCACAAAUUAUAGAUUGACAUCAAUGAUAAGUUGCUCAUUUGAUUAUUUUUUCUUUUGGUUCUGAUGAACCAGGAAUACUGUUGACUUAUUAUACUUUUCAAUACUUUAAUUAACAAAUAGAUUUAAUUAUUCUUAUCCACUGUGGUUUAAAAUGUAGUUAAAGCAUCUCACAAAGUACACAGCAUAAUGCUUCAAGAUUAAUUAUCUUUACUCUAGUGGGUUACGUGUUUGGUAGUUUACAUUAUCUUAGUUUGGACCCUAGGAAUAGAGGAAUACCAAAAAUGGCAAAUAUUAAUUCCAAUUAAAUCAGUGAAUUACUAGCCAAGCAAUGAGGAUGCGGUCUGUAAUGGUCGUCUAAGGGUUAAUGUGUGAACCGUGUUGCGAUAUUUGAUGAAUAUAAUUGUCAUUCAACGUCGGGCUCGCGUCUUCCGGAAACAAACUAAUAUUCCGGAUGGAGUACAAGAGGGUUUUGUGAGGGAUUGAGUUGCCUUUAGAUAUUUAUUUACACGGAACUAAUGCUAGAGAUAUAUACACGAUGCUGUGUGAUCGACGAGAAAGUGACGAAAUUCUAGCGCGGUGAUGUGAGAUUUGAGCAUUGAUGCUGGUGGCGGACUAGAAUCAAGUGGACGUUUCUUCGUUGUUUGGUAUUAAAGAAGACGUUAGGUUUUUCCUGAUUGCCUGGUCAUUGGUGGAAAUUCGUAAUUUUCUUUAACACUAAACCUACCGCGACCGGUCAAAUGGCCAGUUUCAAAAUUUUGUUUAGAAUUUCUUAUAGUAUGCGUACAAUGAAUUGUACAAUAUUCACUUCUAUUCUUAUUGUUUGUUUUCUAAGAAAAAUAUGUAGUCUGUCUUGCCUAUCACGACCGGCCAUCUGACCGGUUGAUUUAUAUUUGAACUGGACAAAAUUUGGUACCAAAUUCUGGUUAACUUCCGAUGUAAAUAGAAAAUAUAUGUAUAGCAAAGACGAAAGGAGAGAAUCUUCAGUUUCCACUG